GAUACUUAUACAUGAUAUUGUCGUUGGUAGACAUUUAUCUAAACUCAAGAACCCUGUGAACAUGUUGGUUGUGGAUAAUGCUGAUGAUAGACAUUUUGACUCAACACAUCACUGUCUAUCUCCACACCCAAUACACGCAGAAACGUUAGCCAUUCCAAAUUUAAUACGGUCAAAGAAAUCAUUCAUCAUCUUGAUAGUGUUGAUUCUUUCGUUUAUGUUAGUCGAUGAUGCUUCAGCAUUGAGCAGGUCUAAUUUUUUUGAAUUUGAUUCGCAGUAUACAAAUAUGGUAACUACUAGUGUAACUGAAAAUAUCGGCGAUGACAAUAAUGUGUCGAUUCAUCCAUCAGAGGAUUUUAGAUUACCACGCACAUUGUUUCCACAUUUCUACGAUUUGUCAAUUCAAGUCCAUUUGCAUGAUAACAAGUCACAAGCAUUUUUCUUCAAUGGAUCUGUGACAAUAAAAGUUUUCUGUAAUGUGUCGACAACCGAGUUCUUCGUACAUGCAUCCGAUAAUCUGAAUGUGAGCUUGGAUCAAAUCCAUAUGUCGCUUCUUGAUGAACGAAAUCAAACAAAAUCUGUUAUUGAAAUAAUACACGUUAAUUAUAUUGAAGAUGCUGAGUGUUAUCGAAUUAAACUCAAAACGCCUUUGCAACCAUAUACUUAUUACAACCUGACAUUUGGACAGUUUCGUUCUGACAUGGACUAUGAUUCUGAUGGACUGUAUAUUAGCAGAUAUUUGGAGAAUGGGAUUUACAAAUAUUUAGCAAGUACUUACAUGGAGUCAGUUUAUGCAAGGAAUGUAUUUCCAUGUUGGGAUGAGCCGGAAUUUAAAGCAAAUUUCAAGGUCAAUAUUGUACGCGAUGAAAAUUUCCAUUCGCUUUCAAACAUGAAUUUGGAAAGUACGGAGGUGUUGUACGAUAAUUGGCGUGUCGACAGAUAUAACACCAGUGUGAAAAUGUCCACAUAUCUGUUGGCAUUUGUAGUUUCACAGUUUUCGAAUAUUCAGAGGACAGACAAUAGAGGACGAAACUUCACUGUUUGGGCAAGACCGGAUAAAAUUCGUUCAGCCGAAUAUGCACUUGAUAUUGGCAUAAAAUUAUUGGGUUACUUUGAAGAUUAUUUUGGCAUUCCCUAUUCACUUCCUAAAAUGGAUAUGAUUGCGAUUCCUAACUCUUCAAUAACGGCAAUGGAAAACUGGGGUUUGAUAACUUAUGAUGAAAAUGUAAUGUUAUGGGACGCAGAAAACGGUUCAAUAAAUACUUUAAUUGAUGUGACGUUUUUUGUCUCACAUAAACUUGCUCAUCAGUGGUUAGGAAACUUAUUACUACAUCCUGAGUGGAAAGUAGAUGAACUAUUCAUACUGGAUGAAUUGAUGCUUGCACUUGAUAUUGAUACUUCGAUGGAAUCAAGACCAGUCGUUUAUCCAGCAAGUACCACAAUACAAAUUAAAAAUAUGUUUGAUUUAAUCACCUAUGAUAAGGGCGCCUCUUUGGUUUGGAUGAUGGAGAAAUUCAUGGGCCGUAGCGCUUUUCAAAACGGUUUGAAAAGAUACUUAAUUCAAAACCAAUAUAAGAACACAGAUGAAAAGGAUUUAUGGAAGGCAUUAUCUGAAGAAUGGAAUACUCAAGGAAAUCAUUUGGACAUUGGAUUUAUUAUGGAUUCAUGGACUAAACAGAGGAAUUAUCCACUAGUGAUUGUAAAGAGAAAUGGGUCGAAUGUGUUCUGUUUCGAGCAGAUACGUUACUUUCAACACUAUGGUAACAAGUCAUCUCAAACAAAUCGUGAAUACUCCUGGAGAAUACCAAUCACUUAUGGGUCGGCACAAACGGUGAACUGGACAAAUAUCGACAUUGUGUGGAUGGUGAACAACAAAAUGAAUCAAACAAUGAACAUAAGCUCAGACGACUGGUAUUUGGUGAAUGUAAAACAAGGUGGAUUUUAUCGAGUUCACUACGCUGACAAUAACUGGAUCUUAUUAAUCAAUCAAUUGCAAAGGAAUCUCACGGCUAUUCCAGUCUUCUCACGCGCACAAAUAUUGAAUGAUUUAUUCAGUCUUGCAAAUCAACAUAUCGUACCGUAUACUCUUUUCUUGGACGCAACAAAAUAUUUAAACCGCGAAGAUGAGUUUAUUGUAUGGAUAACAGCUAGUCGAGCGCUGCUUUACAUUAACAAGGUGCUUGCUCUGAAUGAGAAUUAUGAAGAUUUCCAAGCAUACUUGCGAACUCUUAUCGAUAACCGAAUUCGAUCAGUGAAUUGGUCAUUUGUUGGCAAAGGUCAAGAUCUUCCAAAGAUACUUUUUGACUAUAAUGUGAUCAAACUCGCUUGUAUAGCUGAACAUCAACUUUGUGUGAACAAAACUACGGAUCUCUUCAGACAAUGGAUGUCGAAACCCGAAACGAACCCCAUACGACCUGAUUUGAGAUUCAUUACUUAUUGUACAGCUAUUCGUCAUGGUGGUCAAGAAGAAUGGAAAUUAUUACAAAGUCAGCUGACGUUAAAUGAUACUGUGAAUGAGAAUGAGAAUGCAAACAAUAUGCUGGCUUUAACCUGUUCUCGUGAUAAAGAAAUCAUGAUAAGGUACUUAGAGCGGGUAAGAGAGAACGAGAACUUGUGGUUUACGCUUGACUAUUUCGCGCAAUCUCCAGUUGGCAGCCAACUUUUAUGGGACCACCUGAGUGAUGUAAAUAAUUUUAUUAAACAUAAAGACUUCACGGAAUCCAUACUAACCGCACUAACUAAAUAUCCUUAG